AUGAUUUUUUUGGCGUUGGUGCUCAUGGCUUCUCUUAUCCUGGCUUCGUCAAAGCUUUCUUUGCAUAUUCUUCACGAUGAAGAGACCGAUCAAGAAUUACUGGUCCAGGUCUUUAAUGAUUUAAAUACAUUGUAUCUAGACCAAAUUGAUCUAUUUCAAGAUUUCGUUGGUGAAAGUUCAGAAAUAGGCCAAACUUAUACAAAUCCCACAAUUGUAAUUGACAUAACGAAAAUAUUAUUAAUUAAACAAAAAAUCAAAGAGUCAGCGAGAAUAUUUAAUUUUGUCCACAUAUAAUAUUUUCCUUGAUUUUCUAUUAUUCAAUUCGAUUCAAUUUCUUAAUACCAUUUAAGUCAAACAAUAUAACAAUUUUUGGACAAUAUGAAAGUUUUGAUCAGUGAGAGUAUUUUUCUCAUAUAUCGAUUUCUAAUCAUGCUCAGGCUAUGUCAAGCAUGCUUUCAUUUUUAGAUUGAAAUAAAAUUGGGUUUUUAUACAGCAAUUCCUUUCAAAAUAUUGAAUUUCGUAAUGCAUUAGAAGAAGAAUUGAUUUUUAAUAAUGAUAUUAGUUACAUAUCAAGAGGAUUUGGGAACUGGCUAAGCCAAGAUUUAUCUGAUAAUUUAAUUUCAAAAGAAAUCAAAGCAAAAGGGUUAAAUACUAUUAUAAUAUCUAAUGAAGGUGAAGGAGCUCGAAAGUUGAUGCAGAGUUUUGAGUUAAAAAAUAUGUAUAAAGAGGGAUUUGGGGUAAUACUUGGAAGCUUAGCUAUAUGAGGCCCAAAUAAUGAUGGCCUGGUAUUUAUUGUUGAAAAAGGCUUAGAAAGUGCUGAAAAUUUGAAUCAUUACCAUUCCUUAAGCAUUAUUAAUUUAUUGAGCAAUAUUAAUAUAAACUCGGAUUCAAUUUACAUUGUAAAAGAAAAGCUUUGAAAUUCCACAGCUAAUCAGCACCCUUUAAAUUCAUUUUCUAUAGUGAAUAUUCAAGAGAAAACCAAAAAGAUUGUUGGUUAUAUACAAAAUAAUACAGUCAGCCUUACUGAGCAAAUAAUAUUCCCUGGAAACAGUAAAAAUACCCCAAAAUCAGCAAAGCCACCAAUUGUGAUAUCAAUUGCAUCUGGAGACACAAAUUUUAAUGGGGUUGUUCUCGGCUCGAAUAGCUAUUUUAAAAUUGGUUCCUUUUUUGCCUUGAUGUACGCAAAAUACAUUCACUUUUUGGAUGAUUUUAAUUUAAAUUUGUAUUCCACAGACUGCAGUGCUGAUUUUUACCUCCGCCCUUUUUCAUAUAAUUGUUUAUCAAGGCAAAAAUCAAAUUUAGGUGUUGCUUUUUUACCUUCUUAUAAUGAUAAUGUUUGCUAUGGGACUAUCAGCGAUUUUAGGGCUCUUGGGAUAAAAAUCCCACUAGUUUCAGACCAAUGCACAAGUGAAAUUUUUACCAAUAAAACAGCUUAUCCAGAAUUCAUGAGGAUUAUGAAAAGUUUUGCAUUUCAUUCGAACACCUUAGCAUAUCUUAUGAGUAUUUUUAAUUGGGAUUGUGCAGUUGUUUUUUAUGAAAAUUCUACUUUUGGCUUGAAUAUGUAUAAAUCUUUUUCAAGUAUCGCAAACAGUUUAGGGAUAAAAAUAGUAAAUGAUGAGGAUAAAAGAAUGCUGGAUCCGCUAUAUGGCCCAGAUUUGUAUCAAAAUUAUACUGAGUACAUGAAAAAUGCUAUAAAAACUCAAUGUAAAAUAAUUGUCCCUUUAUUAGAAGGAAACGUUAUUUUUAACUUAUUUGGGCAACUGCAUGAUGAAGGGAUAAGGCUAGGAGAUUUUAUUUAUUUAUUAUAUUAUCCUAUAGCAGGAUUUUUUGAACACUCACAAGGAAUCACAAAUAAGACAAGAGCAAAUGUUAAAGAAUUAGCAUAUGGCUCGUUCGGGCUUUGGCAAUCUGAAUGGGUUGGGAGCUAUGGAAAAUCAUUAAUUGCGUUAGGAAACAAAUUUUAUGGAUAUUUUAUGUAUGGUGGGACGUGCCCUGCUUUUGAUGCAUUUAUGCUGACAAUUAAUGGAAUAAAAUACCUGAUUGAUGCUGGAGAAGACUAUGAAGAUCCUGACUUAUUAAAUGCUGGAUUACGAAAGGUAAAAUUCAUGGGAUGUUCAGGGACUGUGCAAAUUUCAAGUAACUCUAAUGAAAGGAGCUCAGCGAUAAUCAGCAUAAUGAAUGAAAUUUACAAUGAAACGCUUGGGUAUUAUUUAAAUGUAGAAGUCGGAACUUACAGCAUUGGGAGUAAUCCGCCUUUUGUAUUUACAAAAAAUAUUAUUUGGCCAGAUAUCCUAUUUUAUCUAAUUAUUUUUUUUUUCUCAUUAAUUAAGAUAAUAUUUAUAAUAAAAAAAUGAUCGUGCUCGAUAGUAUAACACCCAAAAUAUCCCAGGAGAAAAAAGACUGAACCCUGAUAACUGUCCAUUUAACUUGCAUUUAAUCCAAGAUUCAGAUUUUGGUUACGGCUUAUAUUAUGGAUUUGUUUUUGGAACAGCUUUUAUCGUCGCUGCUUUAUCCAUUAUUAUAUUAGUGAAAUUAUAUUGAAAUACUCAGCUACCAAUGAUCACUGUUAGAAGUGAAAUAACAGCCCACGAUUACAUUAUAAUGGCAAUGAUUCUUAUUGAUUUUUUACAGUAUUUAGCCAUGGGUCCUGAUAUUAGCGCAUUUGAUCAAGUUACUUCUUUCUUAUAUGACUAUGCAGCAGUCAACUUAUCAGUUCUCAUUAAUUUUAAGGGAAAUCCUUAUUGAAUUGCUAUUGCAGUGACAUUCUCUGUUUGCUAUUUAUGGCUAUUUCUAUCUUUGUUUAUUUAUUUUAAUCUUCAUGAAUGAAAAAAUAUUGAUUUAUUUAAUAAUAUUGGGAUUUUUGCUAAAUUUAUAACUCCGAUUAUAGGGAACUUAGGAUUCAUCCCAAUAACCCAUAUUCUCCUGACAAUUUUUCAAUGCGAAAAAGGAAUAGGAAGCAGACUAACUGAGAGCUUUAUGAAUCAUGACUGCUCAGUUUUUUGCUAUGAAGAUGAACAUAUUUUCUUUGUAAUUUUAUCAAUGAUUACUCUUUUGAUUUAUUUGCCUUUAUCAAUUGUAUGUAGACCAUGCUGGCAAAGCAUAAAUAUUAAUGCAAAUGUGUACUCAAACCCUUCAUUUUUAGUUGCCAAAAGUAUUUUUCAAAUUAUUACGGUCGCUUUAAACAAAACACUGAAACAUUACAGCCAAUCUUUAGAUGGAGGGAUUUAUUUUAUAUUUGUCGUAUUUUUUAUAUUCUUUGUGACAUAUAAAAAGCCAUAUAAUUACAAUAGAUGCAAUCUAUGGACAACAAUAUCAUUAAUAGCGUUGGCGUGGAGCCUAAUUUUGUCUUCGAUUUAUUAUUCAGUUGAUUACUCAGACUAUAAAGUUUGGAUGGCAAUGCAAUUUGGAGGAUGGAUAAUAAUUGUUGUAACUGGCAUAUUAAUUCAAAGGAAAAUGUACCCAAGCUUACUUUAUUCAGUUAAAGGGCUUGAAAUUAGCAUUUUCUUUAAAUUUGCAUUCACAAAGCAAGUCAUGCUUGAGCAAGUUAUGAAGAAGCAAUUUAGGGCUUAUGAGGUUUAUGAUGCAGACCAGCAAAAAAAUUCAAGCAACAUGAAUUCGAAAAAUGAGUUCAUUGAUAGUCAAUUCGUUUUAAGUGUUUAA